CAUAUUGCCUCUUGAUAAACUGCUGUCUCUUCCUUGAAACUGCGCAGAAUGUGGUUACGUGUGGUGGUAGGUGUCACAGCUGGAGCUUUGGUGUGUUUAAAGGCUAUACCGCAUAUUUUUCCACAACUCUACUAUAAAAGAAUAAAGGAACUCAAAAUCGAUGGAAGAGAAAUGGAGAUCCCCCCUCGUUGUAAAGAACAACUUGCAGUAAUUUCUCGUAAACUUGGGGUGAGUGAUAAACAAGGUAAAAUCUCCUUCUUCGUGUGCAGGUCUCUUUACCCCAGUUCUGCCGGUGCAACGUGGCUUCCCAAUGGCGCAGUAAUUGGAGUUCCUUUGUCAUUCUAUUUUAAACACGAAGACGAUCUCGGAAGGUUUGGUGAAGUCUGUUUCCAAGACAGCAAGGUUCCUAUGUUGUUGCAGAGCAGGUUUGGCAAAAAAUUUAUCGAUACACAGCUUUCGUCAGACGAGAAUAUAGCAUUCUGUAUUGGUCAUGAGCUGGUUCACCGUAGCGGUUCUUUUGAUAUCGCAUAUGACGUUUUCUUCGCCCCAUCAUGGCUGAUUGCAACGUACGCAAUAUCAAGAAGGACACGAGUAAUUGUACCCAGAACCUCGGUUCUCGUGGACGGCAUUUUCAAAAUCGCUUUUUAUUUGCUUAGCUUUGCUUGCUUUUGGCCAGUAGAGCGUCGUCUUAAUCAUUACAGAGAGUUCAAGGCUGAUGAAAUGUCUGCUAGGUGUGAUCUUGAAGUGGCUAAAGGUGGAGUUGAUUGGAUGUUGAAGAAAAAGAGAUUUGUGUCACUUAUGAAAUCUCUUCAGGCAGGAGACAAAUCGAAAGAAAUGCAUUUCAACAUUGUAGACUCUACUCACCCAAAGUUGCUAGAUCGAUUGAGGAGACUGGAAGUAAUUGUUGAUGAAAAGAUCAAAAGUUCAAGUUAAACCCGUGACCCCCAGGCUAAAGGUCAGGUUGUUAACUCACCCCUCUUCCUGCUUCCCAUUUCUUGGUAAAUUACAUAGGAGAAUUUGGUGUUAGAUCAAGAAAAAUUUGGUUAUUCUCAUUACCAGUUUACUGGAUAAUGUAUGGAUAUUAUAGGGAGAAGUUACGUGUUAAUCACCUCUGGGAAAUAGAGGGUUAAAAAAAUGUGUCGUUUUUUUGUUAAUAGUGGGUUUCGUAUAAAGUUUGAAUAUUUGUAAAUUUUGUGAAUCAGUUUUUGUAAAAUGCUAUCAACAGCAAUUGGAUCAUGGAACUUGAGAAUUACAUUUUUAUUAUUGAUUUAAUUUAAUUUACCACUGCAUGAAAUAAAAUUAUUGGAAAGCUGUGAUCUGAUUAAUGCUUAACGUUCAAAGCAUCUGCUAUUUGCAAUUCACCAAAGCGGCAUGAUUCUCUACUACUGAUUUCACCUUGUCAAUAUUUAUCAAUUUUAUACCUGCAUUUUCGUACACCUGCAAAUUGAAAACCUUAUAAUCCUUCAACCUUUUAACUCCAAAGAGUGACCAAGACAGAAUUUCUCCUUACAAUAUCAAUACAAUAUAAAGCAGACAAGUAAUACGAAUUAGGA